ACAAAAGAACUGUAUCCGUGGGAGAAACCUACAGACAGUAGACAUUCGCCAUCAUUUUUCCUGCCUUCAUUUUUUUUUUUUUUUUUUGUUAAAUAUCAAAAACUCCUCCUUUCAACAUCUCUUUCUUUAUUCCCUUUGUCUCUUUCAAAUGAGCCCGUAAAAUCGACCCACCAUUGCACAUGCUCUUCUUGCUGCCCAUCUCUCUUCCUUUCGAUCUCUCUCUAAACUGGCCUCUCUUUUUAAUUGUCUUACACAUUUCUUUACCUCGUUUUAGCUUUUAAUUACUUCAAUUUCAACUGGGUGUCUUAUAUUUUGUGCUGAUCCCAUUUGCAAUUUCUAGGGUUUUCUGCUAUUUUCUCUUUCUGGAUCGUUCCAAUUUCCAACUGAGGUUUUUGCUUCUCUCGUGUUUGUUGUUAGGUUUUAGUUUAAUUUCACAUAUUAAUUACUUGUUUCUAUAUCUGUGUAGUCUUUUGGAUCUUAAAAUUCGUUUCUCUUGUUAACAGUUCUUCUAUACUUGAAAUUAUUCUGUUUGAAGUAGUUCUUAAUUGUUCAUUCAAUGUCACAAGGCUAUGCAAUUCAGCUCUAUUUCGAUCCGGCCCUUGAAAACCAGGUCUUGAAGGCCUGGAACGUGCUUGCUCGACGCCAAAUCAGUACCCAACUCAUCGAAAUCGAGUCUCGCCCUCAUAUAACCCUCUAUUCAAGCUUAUUUGUUGAUCCCACAAAGCUUGAAGCAAUUGUCAAGACCUUUGCUUCAAAGCAGGAGCCAUUACCCUUAUCUCUCUCUGCAAUUGGGGCACUUCCAAAUGACAAUAAUGUCCUUUUUUUAGCUCCUACGCCUUCAGUUUCACUUCUUCAUUUUCAAUCUCAGCUAUAUGAUGCCUUGAAGAAAGAAGGAUGUGAUAUUAGUGAAGAGUACCGCCCUGACUCGUGGAUUCCGUAUUGUGCAGUGGCUCAAGAUGUGCCAAAGGCAAGAAUAGGAGAGGCAUUUUGCGUUUUAAGAGACUUGAAGUUGCCAGUUACCGGAUAUGCAAUGGAUAUUGGGUUGGUGGAGUUCUCACCGGUUCGUGAAAUAUUCUCCUUCCCGCUUGAUAAUUCAGUAGAAGGAUGACGGUUUUUCACUUUCUAUUUUUUAUUGAUGAUAUUGUGCUGUUAUAUUGUAUUACUUUGGAAAUUUUAGAUUUAUAAUUUGAUGUGUUACUUUUUACAUAUUUUGGUUCUAAUGUAGGUUCAUAUGAAUGGUGAUAGUUUAGAGCAUGGUAAAGAAUUUGCAUUUUGUGUUUAUGAGCGUAAUUUAGAAAUGGUAGUAGUUUAUCUUUCUUUUUUUUUUUUUUCCAGUUUGGAUUAGGGGACAACAUAUUUUGUCAGAUUUUGAGAUUGUUUUCCGCUCUUUUAUGUAUAUAUUUUUUAUGCA